CAUCUGACAGACCUGCACCUGUGUUAUCGCAGCACGGUGUCGGAGUAAUGGAGGCGCUAAACAGUCUUUUCGGCUUGGAAUGGUUGGACACGCGGAGCAUUUUAAUAUUUUCCUGCGUGUUUUUGCUGCUGAGCGAUAUUUUAAGGAACCGAAAACCGAAAAACUUUCCUCCUGGACCGCGGGCUCUUCCUUUUAUCGGAAAUCUUCAUCACAUCAGACCUGCUAGACUUCACCUGCAGUUCACAGAGUUUGCAGAAAAAUAUGGAAAUAUUUUCAGUCUCCAUCUGUUUGGGGAAAAAGCUGUGAUCGUUAACGGGUACAAACACGUGAAAGAGGCACUUGUUGAAAAAGGAGAGGACUUCAUGGAUCGCCCCACCAUUCCACUGUUUUCUCAGAUUUUCAAGAACAAAGGCAUUGUGAUGUCUAAUGGUAAUCCAUGGAAAGUACAGAGGAGGUUUGCUCUUCAUACACUGAGGAACUUUGGUCUGGGGAAGAAGACCAUGGAGCGAUACAUCCAGCAGGAGUGCCAGUAUCUCACUGAAGUUUUUGCUGAUCAACAAGGAAAGCCUUUCUCUGCCCAGGCGCUGAUCAACAACGCCGUGUCCAACAUCAUCUGCUGUUUGGUCUUCGGGAGUCGAUACGAAUACAAUGACAAGCAUUACCAGACUAUCCUUGAGAACUUAAAUGAGAUUUUGCGCUUACAGGAAGGUUUGUGGGUGCAGAUAUUCAACGUGAUUCCCUUUGUGAUGAAGUGGCUACCUGGACCCCAAAAGAGAAUAUUUGAUCUUCUACAGAACAUAGUUGACUUUGUAGAAAUCCGUAUCAAAGAACACAAAGAGGACUUUGAUCCCUCAUCACCGAGAGACUACAUCGACUCCUUCCUGACAGAAAUGGGAGACAAAGAGGACAAAGAUUCUGGUUUUGAUAUCUUAAAUUUGUGCGCCUGCACUCUGGACCUGUUUUUUGCUGGGACAGAAACCACCACCACCACUUUGCACUGGGGGCUGCUGUACAUGAUCUACUAUCCUGACAUACAAGAGCGUGUCCAGGCUGAGAUAGACGCCGUGAUCGGUCCAUCCAGACAACCCGCGGUGACCGACAGAGAGAACAUGCCCUACACUGACGCCGUCAUCCACGAGAUACAGAGGAAGGGAAACAUCGUCCCACUGAAUGUGGCCCGCAUGACAACCAAAGACACCACCCUGGAUAAAUACUCUAUUCCAAAGGGAACCUUGGUCAUGGCAACGCUUCACUCUGUCCUCCAUGAUGAGUCCAUGUGGGAGACUCCACACUCCUUCAACCCUCAGCACUUCCUGGACCAGGACGGUAAAUUUAGGAAGAGAGACGCCUUCAUGCCUUUUUCUGCAGGUAAACGUGUGUGUCUCGGGGAGCAGCUGGCCAGGAUGGAGCUGUUCCUCUUCUUCACCUCCCUCCUCCAGAGGUUUAAGUUCUCACCUCCUCCAGGAGAGAAGCCCAGUCUGGAGUACAAACUGGGAGCCACUCAUUAUCCCAAACCUUACCGCCUCUGUGUCGCACAACGUUAAACCAACAGAACCUCUUGGAUCCAUUACACUGUCUCUGAAAUCAAAGAUCUCAGUGGCAGCUGUGUCUUAAAUCCUAUUUCUAUUACAGCUAUUAAGAUAUCAAAUUGUGUAGAAAUAAAGUUGUCCAAAUUGUUGAUGCUAGAAAUGAACGGUCUGACUUAAAUGGCUAUAUUUUAAUCUAAAACACAUUUCAUCCUGCUCUGGAAUAUUUUGCUUACAUUUUGAACCUGUUGUUGGGAAGCAGAUCAAUAACCUGUUAAGUUCUGUUGGUUGUGAUUCAUGUCCAUUUAAUAUUUUUUUACAGUGAAAUGUUUUUGAUGUAAUGUUCACUUCCUUAAAAAGAAGCAUAGAACGUAUUUAAGCUAGAAGAUAUGAAAGACGACACAAAAGGCCAAAGGAACAGCUUUGAAAUGAUCACGUGAUGAAAUCAUAACUUUCAUGUUUUAUCAGUAUUCACAAAUGUCUAUAAUCACUUGACUUCAAUAAUCUUCCAAUUCUGGGAUCAACAAAGUACAUCUAGUCUUAAAUGAAAAGCUUUGGUUUUACCUCUGUCUUUAAAAUCAGCGUAUCUCCUGAUAAGCUUUGGAGAAAAGUUAUUGUGAAAGCAGCUGGAUAUUUUCAGCUUCAGGGGUAAUAUAAAAGUUUUGGAGAUAAGAUAAAGCUGAUCUACCACUGGGAGAAAUGUCACUGAUAAGUGCGAGUCAGUGGGGCAAAAGUAAAGCUGAAUGCCAGGACAGGAAUCAGUCAAUAAAAGGUAAAUAAAACAGAUGCAGAACUGCUCACAA